AAUGCCCUCCGUGAUGGAGAAGCCGAGCGCGGGCUCCGGGAUCCUGUCCCGCAGCCGGGCCAAGACGGCGCCCAACGGCGGGCAGCCGCACUCGGAGGAUGACAGCAGCGAGGAGGAGCACUCGCACGACAGCAUGAUCCGCGUUGGAACCAAUUACCAGGCCGUAAUUCCGGAGUGCAAGCCUGAGAGCCCUGCACGCUACAGCAACAAGGAACUGAAGGGGAUGCUGGUGUGGUCGCCCAACCACUGUGUGUCAGAUGCCAAACUUGACAAGUACAUUGCGAUGGCCAAGGAGAAGCACGGCUACAACAUUGAGCAGGCGCUGGGCAUGCUCUUGUGGCAUAAGCACGAUGUAGAGAAGUCACUGGCCGACCUGGCCAACUUCACCCCGUUCCCUGACGAGUGGACUGUGGAGGACAAGGUGCUGUUUGAACAGGCCUUUGGCUUCCAUGGCAAAUGCUUCCAGCGGAUCCAGCAGAUGCUGCCUGACAAGCUGAUCCCUAGUCUGGUAAAGUAUUACUAUUCGUGGAAGAAGACCCGCAGCCGGACCAGCGUGAUGGACAGACAGGCUCGGCGGCUGGGGGGCCGAAAAGACAAAGAAGACAGUGAUGAGCUUGAAGAGGGACGAGGAGCCGUGAGUGAGGGGGAGCCAGAUGCUGGAGACCCCAAGAGAGAGCCUCUGCCCUCUCGGCCCCUGAAUACCCGCCCAGGCCCUGGGAAGAAGGAGGCCCAGGGGUCUCAGUACCGCCACCACCCGCUGCGAACCCGGCGUCGCCCACCCAAGGGCAUGUACCUGAGCCCCGAGGGCCUCACCGCUGUGUCAGGAAGCCCAGACCUUGCCAACCUCACGCUUCGAGGCCUCGACUCGCAGCUCAUCUCCCUCAAGCGCCAGGUGCAAAGCAUGAAGCAGACCAAUAGCGGCCUCCGCCAGGCGCUGGAGGGUGGCAUCGAUCCACUGCGCCCCCCUGAGGCCAACACCAAGUUCAACUCCCGCUGGACCACGGAUGAGCAGCUCUUGGCCGUGCAAGCCAUCCGUAGGUACGGCAAAGACUUCGGGGCUAUAGCCGAGGUGAUCGGGAACAAGACUCUGACCCAGGUGAAGACGUUCUUCGUGAGCUACCGGCGCCGCUUCAAUCUGGAGGAGGUGCUGCAGGAGUGGGAGGCCGAGCAGGACGGGGCGCCCGGAGCCCCAGUCCCCAUGGAGGAGUCGAGGAGAGGGGCUCCCUUGCCAGCCCCAGCCCUAGAGGAAGACGACGAGGUGCAGAUCACGUCCGUGUCGACAUCCGUGCCCCGAUCGCUACCCCCCGUGCCGCCCCCUCCUCCGCCUCCCACCUCGCUGUCCCAGCCGCCCCCGCUGCUGAGGCCACCUCUGCCUACGGCUCCCACUCUGCUCCGCCAGCCACCCCCGCUCCAGCAGGGCCGUUUCCUCCAGCCCCGGCUGGCCCCCAACCAGCCCCCACCACCUCUCAUCCGCCCGGCUCUGGCUGCCUCCCGCCACAGUGCCCGCCCCGGCCCUCAGCCCCCACCCACCCUGAUUGGAGCCCCGCUGGAGCCUCCAGCACCGUCACUCUGAGCCCUGUGGCCCUCCACCCGCCAGGGGCUCCAGAACCCCGUGGCUGGCCGUCCUUGGACACCUCUGGCUUCACUGAGGACAGAAGGGACUAGAGCUCUUGGCCAGGUCUUCCGAAGACCCGGAGCUGCCAGGGGGCACAGUCUGGACCUCUGGGUUCUGCACUUGUUUCUGGCAGCUGAGGCUCCACCCCCACACCCGAGCCCGGGGCGGGGACUCAGGGGCCUUCUGAACUGGCCUGAGGGUACUUUUCUCUUCCUGGCUGGGGCUGGAAUGGCUGCCUCCUAGUCUGCUGGGGCUUGGCCUUUGGGCCGUGGCCUUCGUGUAGAGGGGGUAGUGACCUUAGCUUGGAGGAUGGGGGAGUGGACAGUGUAGGGGCUGUUCUUCCUCUUUCCUUUCUUUUAGCAAUAAGUCAGGGCGAGGUGGGGAGGGGGCUGUAGGGGGGAGGCGGGCAGAGGUUCCUUGGGGCCUCAGUGUGGCCGAACUGGAUGGGCAGCUCUCCUGUCUUCCGGAGCCUGCUGGGAAGUGCCAUGGAGCUGUGAAGGUGCCCUCUAUACCCACUGCCCAAAAGCCUAGAGAAAGGAGGGCCGGGGACAUGCAGACAUGGGUUUAUUUUUCAAUGUUUUUAAAAAAUAAAUAAAAUCUUCCAAGUUCA